GCCUUCUACCUGAUAUUACAGCAGGAGGAAUUCACUCCAUUACCUGGGUCUGAUGCAUCAAAGGACUACCUCUCCUCCUCAACAAGCAAUAACUAAACAUGUUGUCUCGUUUACUUAAGUGCUCUCUCUCUCACUCACUCUCUCUCUCUCCUCUUCCCAGGUGUGAAGCUAAGAGGAACAGCUCGGCAGUCCAGAGAGGCGCUGUGUACUCAGGGCAGUGAUGGUGUGAGAGUCAGCCCAGGCCAGGACCAGAGACUGGCUGUGGAAGGCCUAACCAGCACCAUCCCCCCCAUGCAGUUCCCUGCCUUCCAGUGGACUAGACAUUCAGCCACCCCUGGCUCUAGGGAACAGGACAUGGGCUCCCUGCGCGUCACCAAGCGCCACAGGAAACUACUGAAAACCAGCCCUGUGGUCUCUAACAACUCACUCAACUCCUCCUCGUCCUCCUCGGGUUUCCCGUACUCUCCUGAGGAGAGCUGGCAGUGGCACAGACUGUCCCACAUCCAGGAAGCUCGGCGGAGGCUGAUGAAGGAGGUCUGUGCCAAGUACAAGAGCAGCAUCUCCAGGACCAUCACACCUCACCACGUGUCCCGGAUCUAUGUGGAGGACAAGUACAAGCUGCUGUACUGCGAGGUGCCCAAGGCGGGCUGCUCCAAUUGGAAGAGGAUCCUCAUGGUGCUGUCUGGCCUKGCGUCGUCCACCCACGAGAUCAAACAUGACGCCGUCCACUACGGCAACCACCUCAAGAGGCUGGACAGCUUCGACCGCCAGGGCAUCACGCAGCGCCUGGAGACCUACACCAAAGUCCUGUUUGUCCGCGAACCCCUGGAGAGGCUGGUGUCCGCCUUCAGGGACAAGUUUGAGAACCCCAACACCUACUAUCAUCCUGUAUUCGGGAAGCCCAUCAUCUCCAAGUACAGGGUAAAYGCCUCCAAGGUGGCCCUCAGGACAGGCAGCGGAGUGACCUUCCAGGAGUUCAUGCAGUAUCUGUUGGAUGUGCACAGGCCUGUGGGCAUGGACAUUCACUGGGAGCCUACCAGCCAGCUGUGCAGCCCYUGUCUGCUGGACUACAACUUCAUCGGCAAGUUUGAGACCAUGGAGGAGGAGGCUAAUUUCUUACUACGUAGAACUGGUGCCCCGCAUAACCUCACCUUCCCCAGUUUUAAAGACAGGAACCCCAAGGCUGAGAGGACUUCAACUCAUUUAACCCAUCGCUACUUUGCACAGCUCAGCACUUCAGAGAGACAGAGAGCUUAUGACUUUUAUUACAUGGACUACCUUAUGUUUAACUACUCCAAACCUUUUAAAGAUUUGUAUUGAUUGACUCUCUAAUCUCUGUUUGAGUCCUCAAAUCUCCCCUGGCUUUAAGUGGAGGAGCGCACCAUAAAAAUGACUUCCUUUUACAAGUAUUACUAGAAGAUCAUCACAUGAAAACAAUGUCUCGGUCAGGCAUGUCAAUGUGGUCCUGUACUAUAUACCGGUGGCUAACUGCAAAACAUCGAACUCACAAACAAUUUAUCACUGCACAGUCAGUGACGUGAAAAGACAGUUUAAUGCUUUAAAAUGUGUUACGUGAAGAGGUACCCACCUAUCAUUUUUUGCACUUAGUGUAGCAAAUUCUUUCAAAUUCUCCAAAAAUGUAUUGACUACUGCUGGAGAGUGUGUCUGGACAGUCUUAUAGGGGAGCAUCCCCCUUAAGUAUCCCUAAGUACUACUUUACCACACCAUCCCACUACCCUUUAGAAUACACAUCCUCAUCACUGUCAUCAAGGCUUUUUCUGACACUAAUAUUUAAAAACUGUACAAAGGGCAUUCAGAUGACUAUAUAUAUUUUUCUAUGUAUUUCUAUAAUGGAUAUAUUCAGUGCUUCUUUGUGGGGAUUUUAAUUUCUGAUAUCACUGAUUGUUAUUUCAGUAAUUAUAUGGUGAGUGUGUUCAGAGAAUAUCUGGCUAUAUUUAGGCCUCUUAGGUCCCCCUGUACAUCAGACCCUGUAAAACACGUGUCAAACUCAUUCCAUGAGGGCCAAGUGUCUGCAGGUUUUUGCUCCUCCCUUGUACUUGACUGAUCAAUGAAGGUAAUUUAUUAGUUAGGAACUCCCCUCACCUGGUUGUCUAGGUCUUAAUUCGACACAAAUAUAAAAGAAAUAACAAAAACCAGAAUACAGUCGACCCUCCAUGGAAUGAGUUUGACACCCCUGUUGUAAAACAUGCUGGUUAACACAUGGACAUGUAAAAAUUCCACUCCAAUCUUUCCCUAAUUACCCAAUAAGCCCCUGCAGUGUUAGAGAGAGCAGAACACUGACACCAUCUCUUAUACUGACACUGACAAAGUCACAAAGCAGCUUAUCCUACCCAUCUCUGCCUGUGUGUGUGUGUUUGUGUGUGUGCGCGAGCGUGACAGAGAGCGAGACAUGUGUGAGAGAGAACAACUGGAGCUGCUGCUAUGAUCUCUUUUCAUGGCUCUGAGGAGGAGUAAGCCCUGGCCCACAGCCCAGACACACUCAGACCUGCUACCGUAGGUCCCACACAAGACAGACAACUGUGAGGACAGCUUUACGAUGAGAUCUCUCAACAGGGUAACAACUUACACAGCCCAUAAUAACACAAUCUACUGUCCCACAAACUGUACAGGCAAUGGGUUGUAGGAUCUGUGUGAGAAAGCUAAUGUUCAGAGAAGCCAGCAAUUGGAGCAGUAUUUCAAAAUAUCCUCUUUUACCUCCUAUGAACAACACUGAUUUAUAGCUCCACAGUAGAGUACCACAGCUAUUCUGCACAGUGGGAAAGCAGGGAGAGGCAAGCACACUUGGGGCCAAUCAAACACAGUUUCCUGGAUAAGUCAGAAAUAUGAUUCAUCCCUGGCUGCUAGAACGCUGGGUUGAUUGGCUUUGUGAAAUCCGUCUGUAACACAGUGUUACAGUGUAACAGAAAGAAACUCAAUUGCAUAUGCUGUUGUGUUGUGAAGUGUAUACAGGUCAUAUUAUCGACUUGUCCCUGAAACGUGGUUGCUGCUUUUAACUGAAUAGGCUUCUAACAAGUAAGUAGAAUGAUCCUCAUAUUCAAUUGUGUUCUGCUCUGCAGCUCUAGUCAGAAUGAAUACCCCAGACAAGCCAGGGGGGUGUCUAAAAGGAUACAGCACAGGGGGAGAUGCCUUUCUCUAUGUGACCAAUUACAAAGAAAUGCAGAUUAUUUGAAUUAUAUAUAGACACUAUAUUGAGAUUUUAUAUAUUUUUAAGAAGAAACAGAAAGAGAUCACAUAUUUAUGAUGGCAAAUAUUAUAGGAUUAUGUCAAUGUAGUGUGUUGGCUUUUGCAGUUCCAAAAUCUAUAUGUUGUUAAGAUGGUGGUCUGAUUCUAUGUAGUUAGCCAGACUCUGUUCCAAAGCUAAAUAGCAUAAUGUAGGUAUUACUUUAACCUACAAAUGCUCCCUCACUCACCAACCCUGUUCUAUGGGGUUUCUUGGAAAUGUAAGUAUGUGGGUCUAUGGGUAAAACACAGAUAUAUCAAAACUAUUUACGGUAACAAGUGAAUGUAUACCUGUUUUAUCGUUGGUGCAAAAGUGUAUAAAUACCUGUACAUGGUCUGGAACCCUUUGCCUUAUUUUACACUGCCAAUCAAAAGGUGUAUUUCAGGAAGACAUUCUGCAGGUGGUUGGUUUCUGUCUGCUGAGUGUCUACUAAUAAACUGUCUUUGGCAUUUUCA